UACACUCACACACACAUAAACACACUUACACACACACACGCACACACACUAGAGCGCACAGUCCAACCCAAACAGAGAGGCAGGACAAGAAGUAACUUUGACCACAUAUCUGGAGAAUUUUUCAGCUGAUUGUUUCACCUCCAAAAAGAAGAUCCUCAUUAGCGUUUUUUAUGACUCUUGCAAAUUAUUCUUACUUCUCUGGCAUGUGCAACAUGACCGCAGAGCAUUCGCAGGCAGAGGCCAGUCCGGUAGGCAUGUCUCCAAGCGUGAGCUUGGACUCCCCGCUGCCUCCGCCGCCCAUGAUGCUCCAGGGCCGCUCCAAGGACGGCGUUCUGAUCAAGUCUGAACCCCGGGGGAGCAGCCCCGGCACGGAGGAUGGAGGCGCGCUGGGUCAGACUGAGGAGCACCUGCCCACGGGCAGCCGCCGCCGGAAGAGGCCCGUCCAGAGGGGGAAGCCUCCCUACAGCUACAUUGCUCUCAUCGCCAUGGCCAUUGCCAACUCCCCAGAGAGGAAGCUCACCCUCGGGGGCAUUUAUAAGUUCAUCAUGGAGCGUUUUCCUUUUUACAGAGAAAACUCCAAGAAGUGGCAGAACUCCAUCCGCCACAACCUGACCCUUAAUGACUGCUUUGUGAAGAUCCCCAGGGAGCCCGGAAGACCAGGUAAAGGCAACUACUGGACCCUGGACCCGGCCGCGGAGGAUAUGUUUGAUAACGGGAGCUUCCUGCGGAGGAGGAAGAGAUUCAAGCGCACGGAUAUGAGCACCUACCCCGGCUACAUGCAGAGCUCCAGCGCCUUUACUCCGACGCCGAUGGGCAGGCCGUCCUAUCCCAACACGCUUUACGCAGGGAUCGGGUCAGGGUACGGUUCUCAGCUGACCGCCACAUCCCCACAUCCGGCCAUGAUGCAUCACUACCAGACUCCCACCGGGGUCGGCCAGGGCCAGCCGCGCAUGUUCAGCAUCGACAACAUCAUCAGCCAGCAGACAGUGGUCCAGAGCGGCCCGGCUGGGGAAAUGAUCCCCCAGACUCUGAGUCUGGGUGGAGAACUGGGCAACAUGAACUCCAGCUGCUCGGUCACCGGCACCGACCCGUCCGCGUGUUUCCAGACGCAGACUGUCAACCCAGCAGCGAACAUGCUGAGCAGAAACAGCGGGAAUAUGACCUCCACCUACCCGUACUCCUCCUCUUCAGCUUCUCCUCCGAACCUGCCCUCCAUGAGCCAGUCCGGGUUCUCCCCGGGAGGCUCUCAGGUGUACUGCUCGGGUAACCGGCUGUCCCUGCCGGCGCUGCGCCACGGCUCCUGCGCGGAGCACUCGGAGCAGCUGCUCGGCCUCUCCAACCCUAUGAACUCCUACAACAACAGCUACAUGAGACAAGGGAACUUCGCGUCAGGGCUGGAGCGGUACAUGUGAGAAAGCUGUUUAUAAUAAAUGUCAGGAGAUCAGAGUAAAUAAGACCAAACCUCAACAUAAAACAUCCUUAUAUAAGCCAUUUAAAUCCCACAUUCCAUCAUUCUGUUCUCUUUCUUUGUGUUUCCACGUUUCUGUUCUGAAAUAUGUUUGUAUAAAAUAGUUUCUCUGACGUUAACAUUUUUUAAAAGUGUAACUGUUGGCAUCAUCAUGUCACAGGAAUAGAAAUAAACGUCUUUUAUGAGUUUUGUCGUUCAUUUGCGCUCCUUUUAGGUAAAUUUAUAUUUUAUGUGUGCCAUUAGCCAUCAACAUAACAUGUAAAAAAUGUAUCAGAUGAAUAAAAAUAAACUAAAUCUAUUUUUGUCUAAGAGGAAACAAAAAUAUAUACAGCUUUUGUAGAUUCUUUUGUGAGAGAUAAAGAAGGUAAUUUCUGUUUAAACACACUUUCCUUCGGUUGGGACAAGUUUUAGAAACAAACAAUAAAAUAAAAUAAAAUAAAAUAAAAAAACACUGCGUUCGUUCAGUUUAGACAUUGAUCCAAGAGAAAGAAAAAUGAUUACAGGAGUAAGAUUCACCUAUAAAAACACCAAGAAGAAGAACUUUUUUGAAUUAUUUAUUCUUUGGAGUAAACAUCUGGUUCCUUAUCCUACAAAGAAGCAUCCCUUUUAUUCUGUCAAUUAAAGUAAUUUAUAAUGUAAAAUAUGUUGGAUAACUUCAAUAUAAGACUUCUAUCAUCUUGUUAAAGGAACACGAACAAAGUUAAGAAACCAACCAAUAAAUGCUUCUGCUAAUACUACUACUACUACUACUACUACUACUACUACUACUACUACUACUACUACUACUACUACUACUACUACUACUACUACUAAUAAUAAUAAUAAUAAUAAUAAUAA